GGCUUCUGAUUGGUCCGUCAGCCGCUGUUUGGCCAUGUGACACCAGAGAUGGCAGCCUGUACUCGAAACAGAGAUGGUGACGACAGCAUCCUGGAGCCUCUGAGUUUCCCGGAGCAGCCGCCUGAUGCUCCCGGUGUCCCCGGUGAGGAGCUGCUGGUCUGUCUCUUCUGUCCCGACUCAGAGAGACAGAAAGACGUCCUCCUCAAACACCUGCUGCUGGAGCACAAGCUGGUCAUCGCAGACGUCAAACUCAUCGCUGACCUCCCAAAGUACGAGCUGCAGCUGGAGAUCAAACUCAGGGAUAGAAUAGAACAUAUCUUUAUUGUCAUCAUACAAAGUACAACAAAAUUUCUUUGGCAACUCUCACUGCAGUAACAAAUAGACACAAAUAAAUGAAUCAGAGGUGAAAGCAGAGGUCGUAGCGAUGACAGCGCAACGAGAUAACACUCAAUGUCAAUGUGCAUAUUUACUCAGUCUAAAUACAUGAAAUGUACAGAACUGUAUGAAUGUAGUGUGUUUCUAAUUGUGUGUUUCUAAAGGGUGAUAGGAACCAAAGGAUGCAGUAGAAUAGCCCUAAAUAUUUGUAAAUAGUGGCUGCAGUCUUUGAGAUGAAAUGAAUGUGGAGAAUGUUCCUGUCUGCAAUUUGUGAUGAAGCCAAACAGCAGAGAGCUAGCCGGCUGUGCUAGUAUUUUAUUGAUUGAUUUGUUUAUUCCACACAUGGCAGGUAUUUGAAAACAAAACAUGUACACUUGUAUUCUUUUCCUUUUAUAGCGCAUGGUGGAAAGGAGCAGGGAGAAGAAACUCUUAUUUGACCUGCCUCUUCAAAACCAAAACAAAAUGAACUAACCAUUCAAAAGUCAAAUCAAAGCAAUAUUCUUUCAGUCACAGCUGCUUACAAAUACUGAACCAUAAAGCCAGAACAGAAUCAA